ACAGUCACACGCAAGCAGGUUCCCACUCAGUUUCUAUGUCUCAGACACACAUGUGCAAGCAGACUCACACUGUCUCUAGCACAAUCACACAGGCAGACACAAGCACCUUCUCUUCCCCACACUGAGGUAGAGCCAUUUUCUACCACAGUAUUGCCCUCACAGACAGAAUCAGGUGACCAGGCUGUGGCUCAAGUCAGGAUGAAAAGAACAAAGUAUUCAUUAGCAGGACUGCAGCAGCUGCCAGAGAGAGACCCAGGAGAGAGGCACUGUAUUAGCAGUUGUUGAGAUCUUAAAAUCCAUUAUGGGCACUUGCUGUUACCCUGCUUGAUGGAAAAACUCCAGAUCAUUGGCUUACCCUGUAGACUGAUAGAUGAGCACAAGUAGUUUAUAUUGGGCAUUUUGGGGAUGCAUUUCUGUGCCUAGUAAUAGCAGAUUUCCGUUCAGUGUCAUUAUGGCUCAGUUUGGGGUACAGAGGAAUGCACCUAAUUGGGUGUCCCAAAUUACAGCAGCAGUGGUGUCUCAGCCAGUGUUAAGGGACCCAGCUGUUGUUGAGCGAACAAAUCUACUGAACAUGGCAAAACUCAGCAUAAAAGGUCUCAUUGAAUCAGCUCUCAGCUUCGGUCGGACCCUGGAUUCGGAUUACCCUCCUCUUCAACAGUUCUUUGUUGUUAUGGAACAUUGCCUCAAGCACGGUCUUAAAGUGAGAAAAACAUUUCUGAGCUUUAACAAAACAAUAUGGGGUCCUUUAGAGAUUGUGGAGAAAUUGUGCCCUGAAGCAGAAGAAAUAGCAGCCAGCGUUAGAGACUUACCUGGACUCAGAACUCCACUUGGCCGUGCCAGAGCUUGGUUGAGAUUAGCAAUGAUGCAGAAGACACUGGCAGAUUAUUUGCGGUGCCUAAUUAUGCGCAGGGAUCUAUUAAGUGAUUUUUACGAAAACCAUGCUGUAAUGAUGGAGGAAGAAGGGACAGUCAUUGUUGGAAUGUUGGUUGGAUUAAAUGUAAUUGAUGCUAAUCUUUGUGUGAAGGGAGAAGAUCUAGAUUCACAAGUUGGGGUGAUUGAUUUUUCCAUAUAUUUAAAAUCUGAAGAAGAUGAUCUUGACAGGGAAGGAAGAAACAUGCAGAUUGCUGCAAUCUUGGACCAAAAAAAUUAUGUUGAAGAACUCAACAGGCAGUUAAGUGGCACUGUGAGCAGCCUCCACACAAGAAUUGACACUUUAGAGAAGUCCAAUACUAAACACAUUGAAGAGCUGGCUAUAGCAAAAAAUAACAUAAUAAAACUUCAAGAGGAAAAUCAUCAGCUGAGAAGUGAAAAUUCAAUGCUCCUAAUGAGAGCACAUUAUCAUUUGGAGGCCAUAAAGCAGAGUGCAGAAGAUGAACAUCCAAAGCGACAUUCAAGACAUGGAUUGUGUGAUCUGUAUGCCGAUUCCUGUACACAGCAUCAGGAAGAUUCACAAAUAGAACAUGAUGUCGAUAGUGAAUUGGAACCUGCCAGAAUGCAACAUGAAAUUGAACUUGCUGUUAAAUUGCUGGAGAAAGAUAUUCAGGACAAGCACGAUACCCUCAUUGGCCUGAAAGAACAGUUAGAAGAAGUAAAAGCAAUAAACAGCGAGUUAUAUCAGAAAAUACAGGGGACUGAAGAUGAGAAAAGCAUAGUUACAGAUGCACUGGAAAACAAAAGCAAUUACAUUUCAGCUGCAAUGAAUCCUCUUGAACAUAGCGAUAAACAGUUGUUAAACCAGACAAGGAGCAUUGGAAUAUCCUAUGUGAAAGAAGCGGCCAUGGAGUCCACCCCACAAUAUAAACUCAUUAAAGAUAUUUCUUUUUAACUUCUCAAGUCGGUAACAAUUUUAUUGCAUAUAAUUAUUGCAAAUUUCCUGUAACAAAUGCAGCUAAUAAUGACCCAAACUAUGCUAUUGUAUGUUUACAUGGUUUUAACUUGUGAAUGAGUUAACAGACACCUUUUAGAUUGUUAGCUCUUGUGAGCAGGGCCCUCUGAACCUAUUUUUAUUCUGUAAACCUUAAAUUAUUAUAAGACCACUGUUAUAAAUGAUUGUAAAGUACUGCAUCACUUGCUGGUGCUAUACAAAUAAAUUGUACCAAUAUAGACAAUUUUUAAA